GACAUUUUAGGCCUAAUAAAUUUUCUCAUCCGUAAGUCCAACUUAUUCAGCCUGAGGGGCAUUAUCGUAAAUUUCUUACCACAAACGAAGCGUUCUCUGGCCGGCCGGGCGGGCUCCAACCCGCAUAAAUGCCUCCAAAUCCCGAACAAUUUCGCCCAAAUCGGUCCUCAACUUUGCAGCAGAUCAAAGAUGGAUGAAGCCUCGACCCGUCGGGGCAGAAUAACCCUGUUACAAUUACUCUCCUCAACCGAUCCCUCGAAGAAAUUCCCCGCGGCGGACCCAACGUAGCGCCGCCGAUACUCCCGGCGGACGGACGAUGCUUCUCAACGUCAUUCGGGAGGAGGAAUCGGCAUCGGCCGGCAGAACGCCGCCGGAGAGGGAACGGAGGCGACCGAUGAGGGUUUCUCUGAUGACGCUGCUCGCGAUUGGGGAUAAGUUGCAGGUGGAUGAUUCCACCGGCGACGAUAUCGCCGGCGGUGGAGUUAGGUCGGCAUCCGCGGCGGCGGCGGCGGUGGAGGAGGAGGAGGAGGCGGCGUUGUGCUCUGUGUGUGCGGUGAGGCGGAAGGGAGCGGCGUUCAUUCCCUGCGGGCACACGUUUUGUAGGGUGUGCUCGCGGGCAUUGAGUACCGGAGGUAGAAGAUGCCCCGUGUGUAAUGGAGGAAUUUCGGACGUCUUGGAUAUAUUUUGACUUUGAAUGAUUGACGGUGGUGAUGGAUUCAUGAUCGUAUCUCAGCCGUUUGUUUUUUGAUAAGUUUCUGAUGUAUGGGAAAAUUGGAUUGGAAUAAGAAAGG